CUUGGCCAUUUUCUAGAGUGACAGUAGGAGUGAGUCAACUACUCUAUCAACCAAUUGUGUAGAUAAAACUUACGCAUUUUGUGAUUUUGAUACAAUUAAUAAUCUAUUAUUUUAGGAAUCCACUGAACGAGUACAAACCUGUUAAAAUCAGCAGAGAUUGUCAGGAGUUGCCCGAGAAUAUUGGUGAAGCCCUUUGUAAGUUGAUUGACGGGGAUAGUGAUUUCGACGGAUCCCUGAAAAGUUUCACCACAGAGCCUUUCGCAGAGGGUUCAUAUACACCAGGAGAUGGAGAGUACAGUGGAACCCAGAUCCAUGUUCCAUGGGACAGGACUCCUAUGCCUUAUCCUUCAUUCUUCUAUCACCAUCCUGUUGAUGCUAGUAGGUUUCACCUGGGUGAUCAGGGGCCAAUGAGAAUUUCUAUCCCAGAAAAUACAGGUGUUGCUUGUGGUCCAUCAAAACGGGCAAGCAAGACUACUUUUAAACCUGAUGGAAACGCUAUUAACCCAUUACUGCAACACGGAGGUCCUUCUCAAAUGGAUUUCUGGGGACUGUCAGCUGAAAGCCCUCAUGCCAGUACCCUUACUGAUGAUGAUUUUCUUGAUAUGGUUGGUUUAUUGUACUUUAGCAUACAGUUUGGUCCUUAAACUUCAUAGAUAUGGUUAGUGCACUGAUUAUUAUGAUGAUUUUCAUGAUACAGUUAGUUAUGGUACUUUCGUAAAGGGAAUGAGGUGUACCAACGUAGACAGUUCAUGGAAUUUCCUUUGUGUCUUGUGGAAUUGGAUGUAUAUGAUAAUUCAAUAAUUUCUUCCUAGGUGAAAGCCAAAGAAUUUCCUUACAACAUGGAUUUUUAGGACUAUAUGUAAAAAUGAGACUGUCCAUCCGUUAACUAGUUCUUCUGUUAGCCAUUCGAAAUAUCCUAUGUGCAUAAAGCUUUGAGCUGUUUUACUCUUUUAUCCCCUUGCCUACUCAUAUCUGCAAGCGGUUUUGGAUAAUAUCAGUCUCGAAUGAGUUGUAACUAAAUUUUAUUCAACAGAACUGUGGAUGGGACAGUUACUUUCUUGUGGACUAUAGUUCUCUCCCAACCCGCACUCCUUAACCUAUUCUAGCGCCACCUUUAAAUUUCUAAUAGGAGGGGUAUAUUAUUCGUGCUGGUACUUUGAAUGUAUCCGUUGUAAUAUUUCCUGGAUUAUUAUUAAUUGUUUCAUAUGACACAGGAACUUGCUGCUCCCACUGACAGUUAUGGCUUAAUGUUGAUUACUCUAUGCAGACAUAUGAGCAAUACCUGGAGGUUCAUAGUAAAAGCAUCAAAUUGAAUCCACGGGUAGGUGGAAAAUCUCAAGCAACACGUGAGACUUCAAGGAGUAAAAGGAGCAAAGAUGACUCAAACUCGAGUGAUCGUAGCCAAACACGAACCGCACAUGAGGGAUCAAGAAGUAAAAGGACAGGGGAUGACUUGUCAAGGGAACCAAAGCAUUCUCUGAUGACACACGAGACAUCAAGAAGUAAAAGACUUGAUAAUGAAUCUAACUCGAGUGACCGCAGCCACUAUCGGUCAACACAUGGGACUUCAAGACGUAGAAGGCAUGAUGAUGAUGAUGAUGAUUUAAAUUCACCUGGACAGAACCACUCUCAUAAACGAAGGCAUCAUUCACAUCAAGAUAAAUGAAAUGCAGUUGCAACAUGAAGAUCCAUCAUUAGCCAAGUCUUUUUUUGGAUCCAUAUAUUCUUUGGAUGGGGGAUUCUGCAAGUUGCUGUAAGGCAAUUCUUGCUCAGUCUUUUCUAGUCCCAAGAACCGGGAGACUUUAUGUUGUUUUGUUGUCUACUCAUUGGAUGACUGUAUCAGGGAAUUUGGUCAUUACGACAAAGGUGUUGUUACCUAGUGUACAGAUGUUAUAGUGGCAACAUGUGCCCCGUUUUUCCUUUCUUCACCUGUUUUCGUUUGCUUGAUGGAAAGGUGGACUUUAGGUAGCCUUUGGUUAGAAUUGGACACAAGUAUUAAGAUUUACUCUGCUGGGUCAAAAUUCUUGUAAAAAGUUGUUAACACACAACAAAAGGGCAUGUGAAAUUGUACAGCGUACUUGCUAUUCUUCCUUUGAAAUUUCAGAAGUAGUUGCUGAUAUGACGAUCCUCAAUGAUAAAGCAGAGAGAGGUGCGAGUAACUUGGUGUAGUUAAGCUGCCAAGAGCCCUUUAGUCACAGCUUUGUCGCAGUUUGGUGCACGCCCUAGCUACCAAAGUGCCACUGAGUUGCUACUUCAGAAUUUUCAACAAACCUUGUUUCAUUAAGAAAGUUACUUAAGAUAAAUUGCAGGAGAUUUGAGUCGAAUUCAACAUCAAUCGAAGCUUUACGUAGUAAUACAAAUUGUGACUUGGCAUGGAUAGGGUUUCUUCUGCAUAUUUUGUCACUGCAAUGUCACCGAUAUUGGACUCGUGACAGAGUAUUUAUCAGAAGUCCAUGCUAUAUACCCUUGAGUAAAUGGUCGGAUUGCAGUGUUAUUUCUAGCACGAGUGAAUGUGACAGCAUAUGUAGCCUUAUGGUUCAUGUCGGAGAAGCUGAGGAUUGAAGGUUUGACCGUGACAUAAACUCCAGAUGGAGGGUUAAUCUUCACUGCAUAAACUGAACUAGCUGUUCCAACGUUGGUCACUGUCCGGGUGAAUGUCUGAGAAUGUCCAAGUGUGACAGAGAAUGAAGGAUAGUUCAGCUGCCCUCCUGGUAACUUCUCUUGCUCUGCACAUUUGAUAUUUCUACGAACAAUCUUCCCAACUUGCUGGUCUGUGUACCCUAACCCACACAGAUACGACAUGUAGUCAUCGGGUUUAAUGUCGUAUAUCAAACCUGGGUUGUUGGCCUUUGUUGGAUUCACAUGCCCUGCACCAAUGGCAAAGACGUCAGCAGGCUGAUGUUUCUCAUCAACAAUCGGCUUUCCGGCAAUGUUCGUGACAUCUGCAGUAGUCAUCAUGGCAGACUUUAUGGCUGCCGGCGACCAAGAUGGGUGGGAGCCUUUGAGCAAUGCUGCAACUCCACUUAGAUGAGGGCAAGACAUUGAUGUCCCUGUCAUCACGUUGAAGGACCUCUCGACGAGACUGAAAGCAUGGCCGGAGCUGAUGUUGACGUGUCCCUCAAGGUAGUUCCUCUAAACACAACCGUCGCAGUUGGCCACCUCGUCGAGUUUAUGUAAGCUUUGAUCUUCUCCCCGUCAGCAAAGCUGACGUGUGCAGCUGGAAGAACGUGGAGAUCGGCCAGUGUACUGAACCCGUCUAUCUCUUUAUUCAUGAGAAUCAUGGCUGCCCCGCCUGCAUCCUUCACCAUUUGGCCUUUCGCAAUUCUCCCUACGAUGCCUCUCUCACAGAGAACAACUUUUCCUUUCACAUCAAGGCCAUUGAGCGCUCCUUCACCACACAAGGACGAAUUCGAGAGGCGGCCAGCUCCUGCGAACACGAGUGGCAGUUGUUUUUCCGGCUGCUUACUGUUUUUCUGCCGGGAAAUGGAUUGGCCAUCGUACACCGCACCGUUUCCAAGCUUCGCCGUAGCAACGAGCAUCCUGUCCAAGCUGGUCGCUCCGACCGUUAGAAUCCAUGGAGCUUCGUUCGACAACGUGCUGUUGGUUGGCCCAAAGUUACCAGCGGAACAGCUCACGAAUAUCCCCUUCUCGAUGGCGGCGAACGAGCCGACGGCCAUAAUGUCGUCGAAAAGCGGCGUACCAGGAUCAUCUCCAAUGGAUAUGGACAUCACAUCGACUCCGUCCUGAAUUGCAGCGUCCAUCCCUGCGAGUAUAUCGCUUUCUGCGCAAUCCACGCCGCCAUCCGGAAAGCAGACCUUGUAAAUGGCGAGAUGAGCAGAAGGUGCUAUUCCAGCUGCUGUCCCUCUAGCAUUUCCAAGAACGUCAGCAUUGCUGACGAAAGCGCCAGCAGCUGUGCUGGCCGUGUGAGUUCCGUGACCGUCGAUGUCAAGUGGUUGUUCCUCAGGUACCGUCCCAUUACUUCUCGCCUUGGCUGCCAAGUUGAAAGACCUCGCGCCGAUCAGCUUGUUGUUACAUAGCGAUGAGUCUUUGAACUCGCAUUUCCCUUUCCAUUUGGCUGGCGGCGGGGGCAUGCCAUGGCCGCUGAAUGAAGGGUGAGAAGGCAGGACUCCGCCGUCGAGUACUGCAAUGAUCACCCCGGUUCCGAAGUUGGCGUCUUUCCAGACCCCUUGCCGCUGUUGGAGCCCCAAGAACUUGGGGCUGUGUGUGGUCUGUAGCUUGAGUGAUCUUUCGGGUCGUGCUGAUAUGAAGAAGUUUUUUGCCUCCAUGUCUUUGACUUCUGAUGGUGUCAGCCUUGCCGAGAAUCCGCUGAUCACGUCAUGGUAAGCGUAGAGCAGACGGUCAUUUCCCUUCUGCUGCUGCUGCUGCUGAUGAUGAUGAUCACUGUCUGAACUGGCUGUGGUGGUGGUGGAGGAUGUUGUCGUUGGUAGGAACGAGCGGUACCAAGUCUCUACAUCUUCUGAUUCUGCCAAGGUUCUGCCUUGGGGAUUACCGACUUGAAUGAUGUAGGUCUGCAGAUCGUUGUUUGCUGUGGUUUGGGCUACGUGGAAGGUGAAGAAGAAGAAGGAUAAGAGAAGCAAAAGAGAAGAAGUGGCGGCAGGCAUUGUUGCUCGUGGUUGCAUGUAUUUGGUUGGUGUUGAGGAAGUGAGGUGCUGUGAUACUUGAUUAUAUAGUGCAGAAUAUGGAAAGCCUGGCCGGCCGUAUCCCUGUGGCGAUAAACAGACGGUGCUGCCUUAUUCUGUCCGGGACGUGGGUUUGCUUGUCCCUUUGGGGCUAUUCCGACUGCCGGGGGAAUCACUGGACUGGGUCACUUCACUUGAUGGCUCAGUUGUGGUUGGAGGUAAAAGCGGGAAUGCUCUUCGAAUUUGGGACGGCUGAGAUCCCGCCGGCCGCAUUGUAAUAUUUAGGAUCCACUCAUAUUUUUUCAGACACUUGGAACUUGCUCCCAUGAGUUUGCCUUUCUAUAUGGAACUAGUAAGGAAGCCCGCGCUUCGCGGCGGGAUGAUCAGGAUGUUCCAUUCGACAAUGUUAGGGAAAAUAUGCAGUCGGUGCAGAAAUGCACUGCAUACGGGAAUAAAUAAGUUGAG